UAUGUGAAGGCCCCGUGGCUACUGUGAACGUGCUACUCAGGACCAACUAUGUUGAGCGUGUUUGUGUGUUUGGGUGUUGGGUGUUGAUUUGUGGCAACUGUUUGUUUGUGUGUGUUUGUGUGUGUGUAUACAUGUGCGUUGGUGUGUUUCAUGCCCCGCUCGCAUCUGGUGUGGACGGGGUUUGCCUGCUUGUGCUCGGGCGCGUGUGUGUCCGUGCUGUGGAGAAGAUGGCAGGGCAGUCUCCUGGCGGCCCCCCCGAAGCCGGCCGCCGUCCAGGGCCAGCCCCAGAAGACACGGAGGGACUCGCAGACCCCACAGAACUCUGAAGUUGUUGUGACCCAGCCGCCCAAUCGCAGAGCCAUCCAGAGCGGCAGUGAUAAAUCCUCCAGCAUUGGCGCCAACGCAGCUAGCGGCUGCCGUGCUUGUGCUAGCACCAAUAAAACUAGCGGUAGCAGCAGCAGCAGCAGCGGCAGCAGCAAUAUCAGUAGCAGUGGAGGAGCCAUCAACAAGCCCAAAGUUAACGUUAGCGCCAGCAGAGAUGCUGUCAGAAAUGCUGACGCACUGCCUCAGCAGGACAGCAUCAGUCUGGUAUCCGUGUGUGACGUGGAGAGCGGCUACUCGUCCUUGGAGAAGCCUGGACGUCUGGAUUCCUCUGCCCCGCUGCAGCAGUACUUCUCCCUCUCCGAUGGCUGCGGCUCCUCCCAAGAGCUGUCCAAUCACAGCUCUUGCGAGCCCAGUGGAGGGCUGAGGGGCGGAGCCAGUGUCCAAAGGUCGCAGGUGAUUGGGCAGUUUGAGAGGGACAAUACUGCCUCCACCAGCUCCCCUUCGCCAUCCUCCAGUUCCUCCAUCACAUGGUCAGAGGAGAGUGACAGACAACAUGUUGGUAGAAAACAGGAACCGGAUCGCCUCUGUGCCGGUUCCUCACGGUUCCCUGGCACCAGAUCCCGGCGCUCCAAAUCCCUGGACCGCAACCAUGCAGAGCACCACGGCACCUCCACGCCUGACCUUAUCAAUUUGAAGAAGGGCUGGAUGACAAGACUGGGUGAAGACGGCCAAUGGAAGAAGCACUGGUUUGUCCUGACUGACCAGAGCCUGCGAUUCUACAGGGACUCCGUGGCAGAAGCGGCUGCCGAUCUGGAUGGGGAGAUCAACCUGUCUACCUGCUAUGAUGUCACCGACUUCCCCGUGCAAAAGAACUUUGGCUUUCAGAUCCACACCAAAGAGGGUGUGUUUACGCUGUGUGCGAUGACAUCUGGGAUACGGCAGAACUGGAUUCAGGCGAUGAAGAAGAGCAUUCGUCCCCCCGCCAACCCUGAUGUAACAAGCUGUGCAAUGCCGAGAUUCGUUGGAGCAAGAGGCUCCAUCCCCGUGACCUCCACCUCACUGGAAGCAGAGAAGAGAAGCCGCGUACGCGAGCGACGGCGAGAGGGCCGCUACAAAACCUACGACUGGUCAGAGUUCUGCAAGAACCGCCCUACAAACGAGGAGUCAGCCAAGAGUACUACGGCACAACAGCAACAACCACCUCAAGACUCCUCUUCUUCCCCUCCCGCCACUUCCUCAUCUCUGCCCACCACUUCCUCCCUUCCAUCCACCACUUCCUUGUGUUCCACCUCGGGGCAACCAAUCAGAGAUGGCCCACAGAAAGGGGAGGGGUCAGAGCAUGCAGGUGACAAGACCCCAAUCAACAGCAGCGGCAGCAGUAUCUCAGCUGCGCAAGCUUCACUUCCUCCUGUUCUCUGUCUCACUCUGCCCGGGGAGUCAGAUAGUAGUUUCCAUGGAGACGGCUCUGACAGGAGGCGAACAGAUGAGGGGAGAGGAGGUCUGACCUUUGACCUGAGAGAGGAGAGGCGAGACAGCGAGGAUAAUGACAAGGGGGAUAUCAAGGCUUUGAAGUCUUCCUCCUCUUCAUCCUCCUCCUCCUCCUCUUCCUUAUCCUCAACAACGACUGUCCGGACGGACCUGCUACAACGCAAGGAUGAGAUCAAGGCCCUUCACAACAAGCUAGAGGCCACCUACGGCAGCGGCCUGCUGCCACCGAGAGAAGACUCCACCAAGAAGGAAGACCGCCUCCUUGUCGAGCUGGCCGACAGAACCCUGCAGCAUCAAGAGGCGGAGUCUAAGCGGAAGGAGGCGGAGUCCCGUCUCCAGGACCUGCAGACCUGCCUGGAGAGGGCGGAGUCGGCCCUGCAGCAGCGCGAGGAGGCCGUGAGGCAGCUGAGGAGCCGUCUGGAGGCCGCCGUGGGGCGCCUGAAGAGCAUCGAGCAGGCCGAGGAGCAGAAGGAGCAGCGGCUGAAGAAGCACCUGCUGCUCCUGCAGGAGAGCCAGGAGAGGGAGCGGCGCAGCCUGGGCGCCAGCCUGGAGCUGGCCGAGCAGCGGGGAGAGGAGCUGGAGGAGCGCCUGAAGCAGAGGGAGGCGCACUGGGCCGCGGAGACCCAGAGGAGGGCCGGCGAGGUGGAGGCCAAGCGUGCCGAGCUGCACACCAGGUGCGCGGCUCUGGCGGCGCAGCUGGAGGAGUCGGACGGAGAGGUGGCACGUCUCAGGGAGCGGCUGCGGGGUGAGGAGACGCUCUACUAUGACCUGGAGCACAACUACGAGCGUGUGUGCGAGGAGCUGGAGUGCGCCAAGGGGAGGGAGCAGAGCUGCACCGACCGCUGCAACCACCUGCUGGAGAGGAAGGAGCGCGAGCUACAGGAGAUGCUGGUGAAGAUGUCGGCGUUGGGCACCAGCCUGGAGGAGACGGAGCAGCGUCUGAGGGAGGCACGCGAGGAGAGGAACAAGCCCUGCCCAUCCUGCCUCAGGAGGGCUGCACAACAACAGCAGCAGCAGAAGCAGGAGCCCCAAGCCUCCAAGCCCAACACCCCAACAUCUAGCCACACAGAGCCAACAACAAGUUUCUUCCUCACUGAGGAUGUUGGGCUGACGUGUGAGAGAGGAGAGGAGCCGGAUAAAGUGAUCUCGGUGAUCCAGGCGCUGGAAAGCAAGCUGAGCGAUACUGAGGAAAGGCUUCGAGAGAUCACUCUGCAUCUACAGCAGCAGCAACAGCAGCACAACAGCACACAGGAACAACAGCAGCAUCAUGUAUCUGGUGAUAGGAGUGCCCCAGGGCCUAGUACUUGGACCCCUAUUAGUUACACAGAUCCCCUAUGCAGCAGCCUCACGAAAGAACAAGAGAAAGGUCUCAGCACUAAUGAUGUCAUCUCGACCCAGACACAGUGCAACGCAGAUGGGAAAGAUUCAAGUGUAGAGCUGACAAGAGGAAAGGGAAAUGUAGACCCAAAGGAAACCGCUUUAGCCCUAUCACUGGUAUUGGGUAAAAUGGGAAGUGCUCUGCAAAACCCUGAAGAGGAGUUGCAGGCUCUUAUCACCGAGCUUCACCAAGAGGCCCACAAACAGAAAAGUGCCCAUGGCAACAAGACAGCAGCAUACCUACUCUCCCACAAGCAUGAUCUGGGAUGUUCUACUACCAGCAGUGGAGGAGCUGUGGCGGCGCCAGGAGGUCAGGACAGCAAAGCCAUCAUCGACGCUUGUGUGGACGCAGAGCUCACAUAUAUCAUACACUCCCUCCUCACAGACACCCUCCGUUGGGGGUCGUCUGCAAGAUAUCCCCUAAAUCAUGAUGAUGAUGCUGAUGAUGAUGCUGAUGAUGAUGGCACCUGGGUGGCGACUGGUGGAGGAGAGUUGCACAGUCAUGCAAAGGAGCAGUCCAAGCCAGACAACCUCAGCCACCCAGAGCUCACCCCUUACGAGGGCCUGGAGGACGAGCUGCACGAGGAGGACACUGAGCCCCACGGCGGAGGCAAAGAGGGCCCUGGGCUCCUCGCGGAGCUCCACGCUCAGGCCCAACUACUGCACCGCCUGUCUCUUCAGCUCCAGACAGAUGGGUCGAGGUUGACGGCAGCCAACUCCACUUCGACUCUCGCUCAGACCCCACCAGCGGUCCUGAGAGAGGUCCUCGUCCACGCCCAGCUGAUCUACGUGGCGUGGCGGGUAUGGGCCGGUGUGCAGCGGGAGGUGAGCUCUUUGCGCUUGCAGUACGAGCGGGUGGUGAGCGAGUGUCAGGCGGUGUGCAGUAGCAUGGAGACGCUGUUCCAGGAGCAGGCCGAGCGCUACGAGGCCCGGCUGCGCGAGGAGAGCCACGCGCUGGACCGAGCCCUGGACCGGCUGGAGAAGGAGGAGGAGGGCCGCGCCACCGCGGAGAACAGCGCCCAGCAGAGGGCACAGGAGGUGCAGAGACUGGAGACAGAGUUCCGGGAGAAGUUGCAGGAGCUCCAGGAGAUCCACGAGGAGGAGAUGGCCCGUCUCCAUGGCUACUACGCCAAGACAUCAGCAGCGGCAGCGACGGCGUCGGCGUCCACAUCGUCCAGGAGCACCACGGAGAGCCCCGGUGACCGCGCUGGGCUGGUGUCAGUUGCCAAUCUGAAGGAGCGAAUCAGGGAACUGGAGGAGGAGGUGUGUGGGCUGAAGGAGGAGAUGAAGAGUCAAGAGGAGACAAGGGGAGAAGACGUCAUGACGACACAGGAGACCAAACACCAGAAAGAUAUGGAGAGCUUGAAGGUGACAUUUGAGCAUGGCGUGAGCAGCAUGGAGGAGAGCCAUCGUAAGGUUCUGGAGGAUGUGAAGAGGCAGCACCAGAGGGAGGUGGAGAGACUAAAGGAGGAGAGAGACCAGCUACUGCAGGAGGAGACCAACGCCACCAUAGCAGCCAUCGAGGCGAUGAGGAAGGCUCAUGUGGCCGAGUUGGAGAAGACCCAGAGAAGCCAGCACAGCAAAGCCAGCACAGACACCCGCUCACUUCACUCACACUAUCAUGAGGAGCUGCGGUCUCUGCACAGGGAGCUGGAGGUGCUGUCUGAUCAGUACUCCCACAAGUGUCUGGAGAACAGGCAGCUGAGCCGCGCCAUCGAGGCUGAGAGACACGCACUCAUCUCCAGCCAGAGGGAGAACCAGGACCUGCACUCCGAGAACCAGGGGUUAAAGAAACGCUUAGCAGCUGAGAUCUCUCGUCAGCGCUCCUACAAGAAUGGAGAAGCUAAGGAGACAACUGAGGGCCAGAUUAUGGACCUCUACCAACUAGAAGUGACGGUGCGGGUGCGUGAGGCAGAGCUCCAGUGUAUGAGACAAGAGAUCAGCUCCCUGAAGGACGAACUACAGGUCUCAUCCAGGCAUUGUGACGACCUGUACUUUGAACUGAGGGAGCUGAAAUCCCAGCGAGACACCAGCCACAUGAGAGGAGACUAUUUCCUGGAGGGAUUUGAUCUGAAGAGGUCCAGAAGUUCUCCUGCCUUCUGGAAAGAAAGUUUUGGGUUGAAUCAGCCGAUCCAGUCCAAGGUCCACACCCAGGACGCCCUCUCCCCAGAGGAGAAGAUGAAGCUGUUUGAGACCAUGGAGAUUUAACCAUCUUACGGCGUCACACUGAUGAUGAUGAUGAUGUGUGUGUAUGUGUGUGUCUCUGUGUGUGUGUGUGUGUCUGUCUGUCUGUCUGUCUGUCUUAUGGUGUG